AUGUCAUUCAAUGGUAACAUGAGUAUCCCAACUCACAACAAAAAUUACAGUGGUAACAUCUUUACCGCCAAUGGCUACAUGAACCCCACAGCUGUAAACUCUGGUAUUCCACUGUCGGCUGGCACAAACCAUCCUGGACUACAGUACUUUCAAGCGUAUCCACAACCACAACAACCACAAGCUCAGCAGCUACCAACGUCAGUACACCCGCAACAAACUAUUCAGGACUACUACACUACUUCCUCCUCCUCAAACAACACCCUUUCCAAUGGGUCGGCGUCUUCGACGGCACCAACGUCAAUCUCUGAUAUGCCAUUGCCUGGACAACAACAACCGCAACAGCAGCAUCAGCAAUAUAAUCAACUGAUGCUCAACCCAUCCACAGCAAAGACGAUUAUGCCACAGAUGAUUUCGGGAACUGGAGCUUCGUCAAAUCCUCCCAUGCCUCUUGACCCAAAUGUCACUACAAAAUUCACAAACAACGAUAUACAAAUACUACGCCAGUUGUUGAUUGCCGGUGAAAAGUACAAGUGGAAACAAAUUACAAGGGAGAUUAACUCGUCAACAAACCAUACACAGCAUGUGUUGGCUGCAAUAAACAAGAAUCAACAGCAUUUGCUGCAGAUUCCGCAUCUACAACAAAGUCUGCAACUGCAACUGCAACAACACCAGCAACUGCAACUGCAACUGCAACUUCAACUGCAACACAACCAACACCAAAUGCAUCAACAGGCGUUACUGUAUGGCUAUCAACAGCAGUCUCACAUGAUGUAUAAUGGAACCAACGUAUUGCACAAGUCAAACUCAACGUCAUCAGCCCAUAUGAUCCCUCCACAUCAAACCCAAAACACACCUCGUCAUGGUAACAUCGACUCCAGGUCGCCACACUCCAACAACCAAAAUGGCCAACCAUCAGCAGCAACACCAUCAAUAACUGCCACCACCAGAACCACUACCACAACCACAUCUGCAUCAUCUCCAUCACCAAUGCCGUUGAAGAAUGUGAGUCCUACUUUUGUGAUGAAGCAGUACCAGCAAUUGCUUGGGUUGCCCAGCAAUCUGGUUUAUUUCGGGACGUUGGGCUCGAGUUUGCCUUAUGUUGUUGCUGCUAAUGGAUGGAGUGAUAUUGAUCAGGAGGCUUACAAUUAUCAGUUCAAUAUGGAUGACGAGGAGUAG